AUGAAAUUGUUUGAUUUUUUAAAAAGAAAAGCAACUAAUCUUCAUCAUAUCACAUAUUCAAAUAAUGAUGAAUAUCAUGGUAUAAAUAAUAUGAUAAAAUUAGGGGAAAUGCAUGAGAACUAAAAACACGGAAAAGGAGUCUAUAAAUUUGCAAAUGGAAAUCGUUACGAAGGUGAUUGGUAUCAUAAUCAAAAACAUGGAACAGGAAAGUAUUAUUACAGCAGUGGUGAAUUAUAUAUUGGAUAAUGGAAAGAAAAUAAAAAAAAUGGUCAUGGUUAACAUUUUGGUCUAUAUGGAGAUAGAUAUGUUGGAUAAUGGUUAAACAAUUACAAAUAAGGUAGAGGAACAAUUUAUUUUGGAGAUAAUUCAGUUUAUUCAGGUAACUAUUAUAUAAAAUUGUAAGGUGAAUUUUAAGAAAAUAAAAAAAAUGGUCCAGGAUACUUAUACAACUCUUUUGCAAGAGAAUUAAAAUUUUAAUUAUUUGAGAAUGAUAAAUUAGUUGAGCAAUACUCAGUUGAGAAAGUUCCAAGUGAAUUUGAAAACGUGUUUUCUGCUUAUUUUGUGAAUGAUCAUCAUAAUAAACAUCUUCAAUCAUUACCCAAUAAAUCUGAUGAAAAUAACUUAAUUUAGCAAGAAAAUCAUGGAUUUGAAACACUUUAAGCUUUAAAUGAGACUGUGAUUGUGAAAGGAAAUAAGAAAAGUAUAAAAUUUAUAUAUUUUAAUUAAAUAGUGUAAGAUUGGAAUAUAGAUGAGGUUUGUACAUGGUUAGAUUAAUUAGGUUUAUCUCAAUAUCAAGAAACAUUCAAAUAAAAUCAUAUGAUUGGUUAAACCUUGCAUGAUUUAACAGAUAAAGAAUUAAAAGAGGAAUUAGGCAUUUUUAUACUUGGACAUAGAAAAUAAAUCUUGUAAUAAAUUAUGAUGCAUAAAAAAUAUUACAUUAAGACUAUGUCAAAUUAAGUUUAAAAGGCAGAAAGUGAAAAUUCGGCAGAUUAAUCUUCAAAAUAUGAUCAAUUAUUUUCUAUAAUCUAAAAAAUAGAACCAAUAGGUGAUAUAUAAGAAAAAGAAUGUUUAUUAAAAUAAAGAAAAUCAAAGCCUAAACGAACUUAAGAAUCAGAAGAAAAAUAUACUUCUCCUUAAUCAUAAAAAAACUAAUCUCCUAAAUAAGGUAAUUAAGGAUAAAGUCUAAAAGCAGAAGAUUAAAAUUCAGUAACUGAUUUUAAUAUUGAUAAUAUAAAUGGUUCAGAAUCUUCAGAUGAAAGUUCUUUAAGUUCUAUUGAAAAUUAUUAAUAAAUUCAUUUAUCUAAAGAGGAGGCUUUUUUUAAAUCUGUAAAAUAAGGCUCUAAUAAUGUUUAAGAAAAGAAUUUAUAAUAGAAACAUUAAGAAAAAUUAAUGAGUUUACUGAAAGACUUAGAAAUAAACGAAAAAUUAUUAAUUAAUUUUUAAGAAAUAAAGUAGUGUUAAAAAAUUGGAGAAGGAAAUUAUGGAAUAGUAUUUAAAGGGAAUUGGCUUGGUUAAGAUGUAGCCAUAAAAUCAUAUUGUUAAAAGGAAGAUUAAUCCAAAAAUAGAUAGACUAUGUCAGAUUUUUUAAAGGAGGUUCAAGUAAUUUCAAAUUUAAGACAUCCAAAUAUUGUACUUUAUAUGGGAGUUUGUAUAAAAAGACAUAACUUUCAUUUAAUAACAGAGUAUUUAAAAAUAUAAUAAUAUAUAGAUUUAUGGAAAAUGGUAGUUUACAUGAUCAUAUUCAUAAAAAGAAAACGAAAAAUCUAAAUUUUGUUCAUAUAAUAGAAGAUAUAGCAUUAGGUAUGAAUAAUCUACAUGGAAGAGGUAUUAUGCAUUGUGAUUUAAAAUCAUCUAAUGUGUUGAUUGAUUCAAGUUGGAAUGUUAAACUUUGUGAUUUUGGAUUAUCAAGAAUCAAAACUAAAAAAACAAAAAGUAUGAUUGGAACUUCUUAUUAAAUGGCUCCAGAAAUUAUGAGAGGAGAACCAUAUACUGAAAAAUCAGACAUUUUUUCUUUUGGAAUGAUUUUAUGGGAAAUCAUGACUGGUAAAAUUCCCUAUGAAAAUUUAUCAAUAACAUAAAUAAUUGAAACUGUUGGUUGGGGACACAAUCUUGUUUAAAUUCCUAAACAAAGCAAUCCUCCCAUUUUGGCUAUUCUUGCUGAAGAUUGUCUUUAAAGGGAACCAUCUAAAAGACCUAAUUUUGCAAGAAUUGUUGAAAGAAUUUAAGAAAGCAAAAAUAAAAAAUGCCAGAAUAAAACAAAAGCAUAAUAAUUAUUAAUUGACUUUUUAUAAAAUUGA